AAGAAGAGGUAGCGAAAGAAGCCUGCCCGGAAAGGCAAAAUAGGAGGAGCCGUGUGCGAUUUUCACAUCUACUCCGACCUCCAGGCUCCAGCUCCAUUUUAUGCGCUUAGCAAACGCCCCAUCGAGAUGCAUCGUAGAGCUAGCAACACACCCGAGACAUCCUCGCCCUCGCUCGGACGUCAUCUCCGCCACCUCAAGAAUCGUCGCGCUGGGCCUCUCCGGCCGCAUCUCCGCCGCGCGCGACGUGUUCGACGAGAUGCCCGAGAGGGACGCCGUCGCGUGGAACGCCAUGCUCACCUCCUACGCCCGCUCGGGGCGCCCCCGCGAUGCCCUCUCCCUCUUCUCCCGCAUGAUCUCCCUCUGCGCCGCUCCCGACCCCUUCUCCUUCACCGCCGCUCUCUCGGCCUCCGCCGCCCUCCGCGAUCUCGCUGCCGGCAAGGCGCUCCACGCGCUCCUCCUCCGCCUCGGGCUCCGAUCGUUGCUGCCCGUUGCCAAUGCACUGCUUGGCAUGUACGCCAAGUGCGCGAUCUCUUUGGACGCUGCAUUGGCCUUCGACGAAAUGGAAGAGCGCAAUGCUCUCUCGUGGUGUUCGCUUCUCCACGCGCAUGUUAAUUCCCGGAACUUUGGAUCUGCACGUCGGCUGUUCGAUGAAAUGCCCGCGAGAGGCGUCGUCGCGUGGAAUAUACUGAUCACCGGUUACGCCCAGAUUGGAGAAGCCGAGUUCUGUUUGGAUUUGUUUAAGGCGAUGCAGAUGUCGGGUUUCAGAGGUGAUGAUGCGACGGUUAGUAUCCUCGUGAAUGCCUGUUCGGAACUAACAAACUCGUUCGCUGGGCGUAUGAUCCACUCGUACGCAAUUCAAAGAGGAUGGAAUGGUUUCGUUGAGGUCAAUAAUUCAUUACUUAGCUUUUAUGCUAAAUUCGGCUCGCGAGACGAUGCAGUAAGGCUCUUCGAGUUGAUGGAGUCUCGAACUCUGGUCUCGUGGAACACAAUGAUCAAUGCUCAUAUGAAGUUUGGCGCUGCCCGAGAAGCUCUUUCUUUGUUUAGGAGAGCGCCGGAGACCAAUGUCGUCUCAUGGACCGCGGUGAUGGCAGGGUUCGCGAGGAAUGGGGAUGGAGAGGAGGCGCUUUCACUCUUUCACGACAUGAUAAGGAGCUCACGGGCUAGGCCUGAUGAUUUCACUUUCGGUGCUGUUCUUCAUGCUUGCGCUCUCAUGGCAGCUCUGGGGAGUGGAAUGAUGGUUCAUAGCUGCGUUGUUCGAAGCGGUUUUGAAUCUUCUAUCUAUGUUGCUAAUGGCCUCGUAGACAUGUACGCCAAAUGCGGGGAUGUGGAUGGCUCGAGGAAGGUGUUCGAUCGAAGUGUCAACAAAGAUUUAGUCUCAUGGAACGCGAUGCUAUUCGGACUUGCUCAACAUGGGCGAUCCAGUAAAGCUUUGGAACUGUACGAAGAUAUGCUGGCUCAUAAUAUCCAACCCGACGAGGUCACUUUUGUUGGCAUAUUAACAGCAUGUUGUCAUUCCGGCUAUCUCGAGGAGGGAGGAGCUUUCCUCGCGAAAAUGGAGCUUGUUCAUAGGUUAAAACCAAACUCAGAUCAUUUGACUUGCAUUGUCGACAUGCUUGGGAGAGCUGGGCAUUUAGAGGAGGCGGCCAAAUUGGUUGAGGGGUACCCGAAAAUAGCUAGAAAAGGAGCAACUGAUAUAUGCGAGGCUUUGCUUAGUUCGUGCUUUGUUCGAGGCGAUGCUAGUAUUGGUAAGCGGGUAGGGGAGGAGUUGGUUAGUAUGGAGCCACAAAAGGAGGUGGGGUAUGUGAUGCUCUCCAACUUGUAUUGCGCCAAUGGACAAUGGAAAGCGGCAGAGAAGGUGAGGAGGGAAAUGAUAGAACAAGGGGUGAAAAAAUCACCAGGUUGUAGUUGGAUAGAGGUUAGGGAUAUGGUUAGGGUUUUUGUAUCAGGCACCCAAUCUCUAAAUGACUUGCCAGAUGUUUAUGAUAUUAUUGGUUUGUUAGACUAUGAAUUGAGAAAUCCAAGUUUUAUUUUUUUUCAACAAUAAAAA